AUUAUUGCACAGGCUGUUUAAUCUAUUUAUUUUUUUGUAAAAUGGAGCUGGCCCUGUGGUUUUAGCAUUCGUGUGAAGUGGAGCGACCAAGGGAGCGUCAUCCGCCCGCCCCACCAAGCACUACAAUCAAUGAACGCUAGAGUGCAGGCAGCCUAUCAGCUGAGAGUGCCAUCGAUGCCCUGUGGAGCGUUUCUCUAACGUGCAUCGCGCUCAGUCAACUCGACUCACUUCAACCCUUCUGCUGCGCCGCCUUUCUAGAAGCGCUCCCAUCCUGUCAGGGAAAGCUUCCCAAGGCUUCUCCAGAUCAGAUCGCUCUCUCCGCUCAGCCUCGCCAGCCAGCCUGCCAGACGACCGCCAGCCAGACGUUCGAGACACGAAGCCCUUCCUUCUGCCACCAGGACAGACAGCUGUGUCCUCCAAGCCCUAGAUGCCACUCAGCAAGGUUUGAGCCCCAAUCUUACAUCCCGUUUAGUUUCUGCAUGAUCCAAGCCUUUUGCCGCUGCUCUUUCAGAGAAUCAUCUCACUUUACCUCUCACUGAACCCAGGAUAUCUUCUUCUCCUCAGGACAUCAGCUAAGUGUGCUCUGUGGCUGAGAGACUAGCGCUCCUGUCCUGUCCUGUCCUGUCCUGUCCCUCUGCAGACAUUUGGACUCAGACCAGAGACCCUCUUCUUCUUCUUCGAGUUCCAGAACUCGGCCCGGCCCAAGGUUCUGAAGUCAAGGGUCCCGCUGAAAGAACAUCUUCUCUUUUGAUUGACACCUCAUCUCAGUUCCCAGCAUGCCUCACUCCUUCCAGCAGAAGCAAGCCCAGCAGAUGCUCCUCCUGUGCCAGGGAGUGAACCGGAGGAGAGACGAGGCAGCAGGACAGUCCAUGAUGUGGAGCCACCACAAACACAGCUACCCAGAGCUCGACAAAAUGGCUUGCACAGCAGACAGCUGCAUCCAGUUCACGCGUCACGCCAGCGACGUGCUGCUGAACCUCAACCGGCUGCGUAGCCGGGACAUUCUCACGGACGUGGCCAUCCUGGUCAACAGACAGCAGUUCCGCGCUCACAAGACUGUCCUCAUGGCCUGCAGUGGGUUGUUCUACACUAUAUUUACCGACUCCCUGAAGUGUAACCUGAAUGCCAUCAGCCUGGACCCCAAGGUAGACCCGGAGGGGUUCGCCAUCCUACUGGAGUUCAUGUACACCUCUAGACUGACGCUGAAGGAGAGUCUGAUCAUGGCGAUCAUGAACACAGCCAUCUACCUACAGAUGGACCACGUUGUAGACACCUGCCACAGAUUCAUCAAAUCCAGCGACCCUGGCCAGGCCAACAAGCUGCCAAGAGAUGAGUUCUUGGUCAGCCCCUUGCUUUUACCUCAGGACGUCCAUGCAUACCGGCACCACGAUGUGGUCGACAACCUGCCCGGUCGGGUCGGCCCCUUCAGAGACGGGAGGCCCUACGGCUCCAGCAUGUUCAACGGGGUCAACUCCCCCAGCAACUACCACCUCUAUGGCCAGUUCCCCGUCCAGGGGUUCCCUUUCCCUCUCUGCAAGCUGACAGACGCCAAAAACGCGUUCGCUGACUUCUCUAAAGGCGGGAUCCACCACAAGCACUGUUCCCCCCCGGACACGAGCAGCGCCAUGAAGGUCGAGUACAGCAGGGCGGUGAGCGGGGGCUCGGCCAGUAUUCAUCAUACAGCUGCCAGGGAGGCAGUGGCCAGCUACGUGUCCUCCAGGGAGGAGGAGAUCAGGAAGGAGAUCCACGAGGGAGGGGUCAGCCAGGCUGGCGGGGUGGGAGGCUCCAGGAAGAGAGGGUUCGCUGGGGCGGCCCACGAGCAGCAGAAGGUGGUUCUGGGUAAGGAGCACGGUCCUCAGACAACAGAGGAAGACGUGAACCAGCAGCACUACCCUCUGGGGAUCUCCUCAGCCGGACGGAAGGGCCUGAUAUGCAGCCCUCAGAGCCCGCUGAAAUCCGACUGCCAGCCCAACUCCCCCACCGAGUCCAGCAGCAGUAAGAACGCUGGUCUGUCCCUCUCCCAGGCCGGCCGGUGUGGUGCCCAGCCCCCACAGGGCAGCCAGGACCCCAAGGCACGCAACUGGAAGAAGUACAAGUUCAUCGUGCUCAAUCAGAGCGCCACCAAGGAGGAGGAUGUUGGGCUGCAGGAGCCGCGGCUCCGCUCCCCCCAGCGUCUGGGCCUGCCCCCCUACCCCCACCCCUCCGACUCGGCGCACCUGGACCCGCACGCCAACCCCAAGAUCAGUGAGCACGGAGAGGACCUGCCGGUUCCACAGGCCUCCCGACUCAACAACAUCAACAGAUCUCUGGAUGGAUCACAGAGGAGCGCUGACAGCCACUCCUCUCUCUACAUCGGCCACUUAAAGUGCACCUCCUGUGGCGCUCCUCCCCCGCAGCACUCUGAAGUGUGUCCCAACACCCCGGCCUCCCGUUUAGCGGAGGAGAUGGCAGAGCUGCACUCGGAGUACUCCGACUCCAGCUGUGAAAAUGGUACGUUCUUUUGUAACGAAUGCGACUCCAAGUUUGCGGAAGAUGGAGCCCUGAAGCGCCACAUGCUGCAGGUGCACAGUGAUAAGCCAUACAAGUGUGACCGCUGCCAGGCUGCUUUCCGCUACAAGGGUAACCUCGCCAGCCACAAGACCGUCCACACAGGAGAGAAGCCGUAUCGCUGCAACAUCUGCGGUGCUCAGUUCAACCGACCAGCUAACCUCAAGACCCAUACUCGUAUCCACUCAGGAGAAAAGCCAUACAAAUGUGAGACGUGCGGCGCUCGAUUCGUGCAGGUUGCUCAUCUCCGUGCCCAUGUGUUGAUCCACACCGGGGAGAAGCCAUACCCGUGUGAGAUCUGUGGAACUCGCUUCCGUCACCUGCAGACGCUGAAGAGUCACCUGCGCAUACACACAGGAGAAAAGCCCUAUCAUUGCGAGAAAUGCAACUUGCACUUUCGCCACAAGAGUCAGCUUCGAUUGCACCUUAGACAGAAACACGGAGCGAUUACCAACACCAAGAUCCAGUACCGCAUGUCCACUACAGAGCUGCCAACCGACCUGACCAAGGCAUGCUGAACUGGAUCAGGCAGAUGGAUCAACCGACCUGACCAAGGCAUGCUGAACUGGAUCAGGCAGAUAGAUCAACCGACCUGAUCAAGGCAUGCUGAACUGGAUCAGGCAGAUGGAUCAACCGACCUGACCAAGGCAUGCUGAACUGGAGCAGGCCGAUAGACCAACAGACAGGGAGGGGAGGGGAGGGGGGGGCAAAUCUUAACCAUGGCCAGUAACCAGUACCAUAACCUGUGCCACACUGUGUUGUAUCAGAUGAUGAUCCUGGAAUAUGGCAGUGUAUUGCCAUUUCUAAACGGGUUUCCUCUAACAUGUGAACGUAGAACCACCUAUGGUAUCUUGGUCACUUUUUAUUGUUUUCUAUAUAAAAAAAAACAUAUAGAUAUAAUUGUGUUUGUUUAUACCUUUUUGGAGAUAUAUAAAAAGCUUUUAUUUUGUUGAGGAAAAAAGAAUGUUACAUAAAAAAAAUUCAGUUAAGGAUACAGUAUUUUAUAUCAAAUUACUUUUCUGAAAGUAUUGACAUUUCGAUUCAAGGGUGGGAGUAUAUUUUAAGGUAAAUGGUAUUUCUGGCUGUAUAGAGAUCGAAUUUUCUAUACUUUUUCUAUUUAGAUGUUACACAAUGUAGACUUGCCCCCUUUUUCAUGUGAAAGGAAAACUUGUCUAAACAUUUUUUAAAUAAUUUUUUUCUGAACUUCAAGAAAUGACCGCUGCUCUAAGAAGUGGACAAAAUGAUGCAUGAUGAGGUGUACGUACGUUACUACUGUCGCCAAUAGUUAACAAUCAAUGAAGCGGGCGACUGCAUACGUAAAUAUUGUGACUUACUGUGUAAUUAAUUAGCUAUAUCCACUGGGUUGCCCUCUGCUGGCAGAGCCAAUCUAGAACUAAAUGUUAAAAUAUGCAUUUCAAGGUACUGCUUUGGUAUGACCAAGAAGAUAUUUUGCUUCAAAAUGUAUUUGUAUAGAUGUGAUGUUUUUCGUUACGUGAAGGUUUCCAGUUGUCAUUGUACUAGAAGCUAAAAGGUGUAUAAGUGUCCAGAUGUUUGUACUGUGUACUAAAGGUGCCUUUUCUAUGGCGACUGAAUUCCUUUCCAUUCAGCCCAGUUCUGUUUAUUAAAAGGUACAACUCAAGGACAGCACUAGUCCUAGUUUUUCUUGUGUGUGUAUAUAUUUUUUUAAUACUUUUCACCUUACGACAUGCAAAUUCAUCAUUGCUCGAGCUGUAAAUCUUCAGGACUUGUUUUGGGAUUGGGCUUUUUUUUUUUUUUAACUGCAUUCAACUUAUUGUACAAUUCUAGAUGUGUGAAUGUAAAAUUAAAGGUAUUGGAUUUCUAUGUAAUAAUU